CGAGUUUAUUUAUUUAUUUUCACCGCUUGGUUAUAAUAAGAAAACCUAGAUUAGGCAAAUUAACGAUCCUUCGAAAGAAGUAAGAUCGGUAGAUUCUGUUUAGCUCCUUCUAGGUCGCUUCUCUACCUUAGAAAGCCUCGAAAUCCGCCACACCAUUCUUGUCUACAAACCACCACCAUCCCCUCGCCUCGCUGCUGCUCACCAUGGCGAAGAACAGAACAGAGGCCCCGAACCGUCGACGCUCGCUUUCCGAUCCCCUGGCAGCGGCCCUGUUGCCUCCAGCAAACGAGACACCCGCCGAGAAGGAACUCAGGCUAAAGCGGGAGACAGAGGCCAAGCAAGUCAGUGACCACAUCGAUGAGAUGAUCAGGCAGGAGCGAAUACAUCGCAAGAAGACACGGGCGGAGGUGAACGUGCUGCUCUUGGGACAGUCGGAGUCGGGAAAAAGCACGACGCUUAAGCAAUUCCAAUUAUUACACACCCCAGCUGCAUUUCACGCCGAACGAAUUGCCUGGCGCGCGGUCAUAUACCUCAAUCUUGUGCGCUCAAUUAAAAGGAUACUAGACGCGUUAUCGCCUGAAAGUGAAAUCGUCGAGGACCACGAUGAUGUCGACUCCCUUGAGAUGGCUUCUGUUAUCAUCUCAUCGAACGGGCGUCCGCCGUCGGCAAUCUCAGGCACUAAAGUGCCCAAUUACGAGAUAUAUCGGAGUCGGCUGGAACCUUUGACCGAGUUGGAAGAACGACUGAUCCGCCUUCUUUCUUCUCCAGAUGAGGAUGAAGCAACGCACCUUGCUUGGCAGCCCUUUCCCAAAAGCUCCCCUCCAUCCAGUUAUCCUUCCAUUGGCAAUGGCCGGCCCGCGCCUACCAUUGCUAUACCGCAGAUCAAACCGUCCGUAUCGUCCCCGGUGUCUCCGGUGGGGGACAUCAGCCCUGGUGGCUCCAGCGGGUCACAACCAUCAAAGGGCAAGGAAGUUUCUGUACAUACAUCCACCAACUGGAAAAAGGCUUUUGCCCUAGGUGGCAAGUCCAAGAGCCCGAAAAGUGCGCAUUCCGGGGAGAUUGAGGGGUGGUGGGAAGAUCCCGAAGACCCUGUUCAUGCCCUGAACGCUUGCGCGCCCGCGAUGCAAGAGCUUUGGAAAGAUCCUAAGGUACGGCAGAGGCUACAAGAGAAGCGACUUCGAUUGGAGGAGAGCAGUGGAUUCUAUCUCGACGAGAUCCCCAGAAUAACUGCGAAGAAAUACAUACCUACUGAUGCGGACGUGCUCAAGGCCCGACUCAAGACGAUGGGUGUCGUAGAACAUACUUUCCUCAUCCAGUCCGGGAGUAACCGCGGUGUUGAAUGGCGGAUAUAUGACGUUGGCGGGGCCAGAAACCAACGACAGGCGUGGGCACCGUAUUUUGAGGACGUGAAUGCUAUAAUAUUUCUCGCGCCAAUCUCGGCCUUCGACCAAGUUUUGACAGAGGACCCACGCGUUAACAGACUUGAAGAUUCGCUAUUAUUAUGGCAGGCCGUGACCUCGAAUAAACUUUUGGCCAAAGUCAACAUAGUACUUUUUUUGAACAAAUGUGAUCUUCUUCAGGCCAAACUUGACGCCGGCGUAAGAUUAAACCAUCAUAUGACAUCCUACGGCGACAGACCUAACGACUACGAUUCCGUGUCGAAAUAUUUCCGUAACAAGUUUGGUGCUAUCCAUCAUUCGGCCACUCCUAAUAAAGAACGGGAGUUGUAUAGUAAGUUCCGGUCAUUGAGGUAUUCAUUAGUGAUUCCUCAUGAUUGUUUUCCUUUCGUAGUACAUUUUACUGCCGUCACGGACACACGUCGUACGGUUACUAUAAUAUCGACCGUAAGGGACAUCAUUAUCAAGGGCAAUCUCAGGAACCUCAAACUUGUGUGAGGAUCCUUGUUCUCCGCGAACCGCAGAUAUUUCCUCAGUACUCGUCGAAUCGUCGCAAUUAUUUUCACCUUUCGCAAACUCAUUAAGUUCCGUUGCAUAAGUCUUCCAUACACCAAGGCUCGAUGUCUGUCUGUAGUAUCUACUUUCUCCGUUGCAUUUGUCGCUUUUUAUUUGCAUGUUCUGA